GAGGCAAAGUCGCAGCUAGCAGGUUUCAUCGUCCUUUGCUACUCUGGCAUUGGAAAAUCUAUCUUCCUCUACUAUAUCCUUCUACUACGCUUACAAAGCGAAGAAACCGACAAUCCUGGUUAGCGUCCUGAUGUAGCCGUCGUAUUCCUCAAACAAGCCGUGUUCACUGUGGCAAUGGUUGAUUUUCAGAGUGUGGCAAGGUUCAUUCCUGUCGCCGCGUGGUGUCUCGUGGUGUCUCGUGGACUUCGGCUAUGACCUCAAAGUUCCCCCAGAUUCUAUCAUCAGUCUCCGUUCUUCAUCGUACAGGCAGCAUCCCUGAAAGAACAUUGCGUCGCCUGGGAAGACAAGGCUCUUGGGGUAUGCAUCAGUAUUUCAUGAAACCUUUUUUGUUAUCGGAACUUAUUGUCAGUUAUGUGGGCUUUGUUUUCCUUUCUUACUCCUACUGAAAAAAGAUGUGAUAGACGAGAUCGAAACCUCAGAGUCUCCGAACACAUUUCCGAAAUUGUGUUACAAGUUUAGUACGAGCAAAACACACCAUCUAUGUUAGAUGUAGAAAUAGUAC